UAAACCUAGAAAUCUGCUACAAGUAGGACCCACGUAAAAAAAAUAAAAAGAUUAAGUUAUAAGAAUUAAGAAGAUAUCAAGAAAUCUUUCAGAACUGAAAGUGAAGCAAACUGCAAUCUAUCCAAUAUGCAAAAAACACGAGUUGACUCAGCUUCUGCAACUCGCUCUGAGCUUCAGACAACAACAAGGUCAACGCAAUGGCUUUUCAUAGUAUCCUUUCUCCUCCUUCUUCCGGUGGUUCUAGCUGCGCUUCUUUUCCGCCUCGAACCGUUCGAUCCGGUUCAUUUCCCGGCCCAUGAGAUAACCCGGCUCAACUUGGCCGGCACGGUUGCCCGCAACGAUAACAUGCGACGAGGCUCGGAGGUUGUCGGAAACGGACGCGUGGCGGGGCCGGAAGACCUUGUUUAUGAUGCGGAGGCGCGCGUGGUUUACACGAGUUGUGAAGAUGGUUGGAUCAAGCGAGUGAGUUUAAGUAAUGACUCGGUGGAAGAUUGGGUCAACACGGGUGGAAGGCCUCUUGGUUUAGCUUUUGACCAUCAUGCCUCACUCAUUGUUGCUGAUGCCUAUAAGGGAUUGGUGAGGGUGAGAAUGGAUAAGAAGGUAGAGGUUGUAACAGAUGAAGUUGAUGGAUUGAAAUUCAAAUUAACGGAUGGUGUUGAUGUGGCAAAAGAUGGAAUUAUUUACUUCACAGAUGCUACUUACAAAUACUCUUUAAAGGACCACUUCUUAGACUUGUUGGAGGGUAAGCCUCAUGGUAGAUUCAUGAGUUAUGAUCCAACAACAAACCAAACAAAAGUGAUUGCUCAUAAUCUCUACUUUCCCAAUGGUGUUGCUGUCUCACCAGAUCAACAAUUUGUCAUCUUCUGUGAAAGUUUUCUGAUGAAGUGCAAGAAAUAUUACAUACAAGGCCCUAAGAAAGGUACUAUUGACAAGUUUUGUGACCUACCUGGUGCUCCUGAUAAUAUUCAUUAUGAUGGACAAGGAAACUAUUGGAUUGGAAUAGCCACGGAAUUUACAGCUCAAAUGGAAUUAGCAUACAAAUACCCUUUCAUUCGGAAGGCUGUGAUGAUGUUUUCAAAGUAUAUAAUGAAUCCAAGUUUUGCGAAGAAUGGAGGAGUUAUAGCUGUUGACUUGGAAGGAAACCCAAUUGCUCACUAUUAUGAUCCCAAAUUAUCAUUAACAAGUGGAAUUAAAAUUGCAAUAGAAAACAACAACAAUAAUAAUGAUGAGCUUAAUGCACUGCUCAAGUUCAAGGAAGCUAUAUCCAAUGACCCUCAUAAAAUCUUAUCCUCUUGGAAUAGCUCCAACCAUUUUUGCAAUUGGCAUGGAAUCACAUGUAGCAAAAGAGAGCAAAGAGUUUUGGAGUUGAACUUAGAAGGAUAUCAAUUGCAAGGGUUCAUGUCACCCCAUAUUGGCAAUCUCUCUUCUUUACAAACUCUCAACCUUCAAAACAAUAAUUUCUAUGGCAAAAUCCCGCCGGAACUUGGUCAUCUGUCUAGGCUGCGACUACUCUUUCUCGCCAAUAACUCGCUGGCCGGAGAAAUUCCAACCAACUUAACAAGUUGUUUGGAACUUAGGCGUAUAUAUUUACAAGGGAACAAUCUUAGUGGAAAAAUACCAAUGGAGAUUGGUUCUCUUAAAGAACUUCAAUGGUUAUGGUUGGCCAAGAAUCAUUUAUCAGGGAAGAUACCAUAUUCCAUAUGGAAUCUUUCAUCCCUUGUUGUUCUUUCUCUUUCAUAUAACAACUUGGAGGGAAAGAUACCACAAAACAUUGGCAACUUGAAACAUUUGCAAAUUCUUGGUAUGGUUUCCAACAAAUUAUGUGGUAUGCUUCCUUAUUCUCUUUACAAUGUGUCAUCUCUUACUUACAUCUCGGCCGCGAACAACCACUUUAACGGCUCUCUUCCGGCCGACAUGUUCUUCUCCCUCCCUAGGCUCCAACUUUUUGAAAUCGGAAGCAACCAAAUGUCAGGUUCAAUCCCUGUUUCAAUCACCAAUGCAACCUCUCUUAGAAGAUUUGAUGUCACUAAUAAUAGUUUUUUAGGGAAAGUUCCAAGUCUAGCAAAGUUGCAUGAUCUUUGGUGGUUGAAUUUUGGUUCCAACUAUCUAGGAAGUUAUUCACUUAAGGACUCUGAGUUCUUAGAAUCUUUGCAAAAUUGUAGUAAGUUGGAAAUAUUGGACAUAUCCGCCAACAAUUUCGCUGGCCGUUUGCCGGAAAAUAUAGCGAACUUUUCCGACCGGCUCAGAGAAAUAUACCUUAGUGAUAACCUAUUGUUUGGAGAAAUUCCUACCACUUUAGGAAAUCACAUUAAUUUAGAUGUCCUUACCAUGGAACUCAACUUUUUUAUAGGAUCAAUUCCAACAACAUUUGUAAAGUUUCAAACAAUGAAAAGAUUGGAUUUGAGUUAUAACAAAAUCUCAGGACAAAUUCCACCCUUUAUAGGGAAUCUUAGCCAAUUGCUUGAGCUAAGAAUCUCAAACAAUAUGCUAAGAGGAAACAUUCCUCCAAGUAUAGGAAAUUGCAAAAGUUUAGAAAUUCUAGACCUUGCAACUAACAAUCUUAGUGGAGUCAUACCUCCAGAAGUUAUAGGUCUUUCUUCUUUGACAGUCCUACUAAACUUGUACGAAAACUCGUUGACCGGAUACCUUCCGGGACAAGUAAGCCUGUUGAAAUUUAUUCGUCAGUUGGACGUCUCGAAAAAUUAUCUGUCUGGUGAAAUUCCUGAGAAUAUUGGAGAGUUGGUAAACCUCGAGUACCUUAACUUACAAGGUAAUUCAUUCAAUGGAACCAUACCUUCAUCUUUGGCUAUGGUGAAGAGUCUCCAACAUUUAGACCUAUCAAGAAACAACUUGUCUGGAUCGAUUCCAACCGCGCUACAAGAUCUAUCUCUUCUAGAAUACCUAAAUGUUUCUUUCAACAUGUUGGAUGGUGAAGUUCCAAGAAAAGGUGUGUUUGGAAAUUCAACUGCUAUAACACUAUUUGGUAAUGUUAAGCUUUGUGGAGGAAUCUCUGAGCUGAAGUUACCACAAUGCCAUGGUUCAAAACAACCAAGACAUCAUAGUUUCAAGGACAUAGCAGUGAUGAUAGUUUCUAUGGUUGCUUUUCCUGUUCUGUUGUGUUCUAUGUUUGUUGCUUAUAUGAUGAGGAUAAGAAAGAAUGAACCAAUUUCAGAUUCAUCAGCAUUAAAUGACUUAUUUGAAAAGGUGUCGUAUCAAAGACUUCACCAAGCAACUAAUGGUUUCUCAGCUAGCAACUUGAUAGGGUCUGGAAAUUUCGGCUUUGUUUAUAAAGGCAAUCUCGCCUCGACUAACAAAGUUGUCGCUAUAAAGGUCUUAAACCUUCAAAAGAAAGGAGCUCGAGCGAGUUUCAUGGCCGAAUGCAAUGCACUGAAACACAUUAGCCAUCGAAAUUUGGUUAAGAUUCUAACCUGUUGCUCAAGUACAGAUCACAACGGCCGAGAAUUCAAAGCUCUGGUGUUCAAAUACAUGGAAAAUGGAAGCUUGGAUAAAUGGUUGCAUCCAGAUAUUGAAAGAUUAGAAGUGCCACAAACCUUGAUGAGUCUAAACCAAAGAAUAAGGAUUCUAAUUGAUGUUGCUUCAGCAAUAAGUUAUCUUCACUACGAAUGCGCGCAGCCUAUUGUUCAUUGCGAUUUAAAGCCGAGCAAUAUUCUUCUAGAUGAUAACAUGGUUGCUCAUGUUGGUGACUUUGGAUCUGCAAGAUUUCUGUCAAAAAUCAAUGACAAAUCUUAUAAGCAAAAUAUCAUAUCCAGAAUAAAUGGUACUAUUGGUUAUACUCCUCCAGAGUAUGGAUUGAGUUCAGAGGUGUCGAAACAAGGCGACACGUAUAGCUUUGGGAUUCUUGUUUUGGAAAUGUUAACGGGAAGAAGACCUACUGAGGAAACUUUUCAACUUGGUCACAAUCUCCAUAGCUAUGUAAGGAUGGCAUUUCCAGAUAAACUCUUGCAGAUUGUAGAUCCAAUUCUUCUGUCCAUAGAAAUAGAAGGAACAACAGCAAAGAAAUGUUUGUAUUCACUCUUUAGAAUUGGACUUGCUUGUUCUGUGGAGUCACCAAAAGAAAGAAUGAGCAUGGAGUGUGUUAGCAGAGAACUAAACCUUAUAAAGAAUUCCUUAUAAAAGGUCCAAUGCGCUGCGCGCGACUUCAAGCAGUUGGUAGUCUACAAAGAGGAUCUUAGCUUGUGAAUGCUCCAGCAGGACUGAAACCAUGGGUGCGUCGAGGCGCGAAUUCAAGGUGCAGAUAAUGGCUCCAGCCAUUGGGACUGCAAAAUGCAGCUCAUACAUUGCUGGAACAUUAGGUGAUAAUGUUGCAACCUGUUUCAAAAC